UCUCUCUACAUAUAGCAGUUCGCUUCAACCAGGACCAUUCCACUAUUCUCUCUCUCUCUCUCUCUAAGCCAAAAACCAUGGACAAAUUCAAGAGAAAAUCCACAUAUCCAAAUCUCAUACUACUCAAUAUUUCCACUCUCCUCCUCACCCUCCACAUCACCGCCGUAACGUCCAUCGGCGCCAACUACGGCACCACGGCCGACAACCUCCCCCCACCAGCCCAAGUCGCCCAAUUCAUCAAAACCCAAACCACCAUCGACCGCGUCAAGAUCUUCGACAUGGACCCGGACAUAAUCAGCGCCUUCGCCAACACCAAUAUCCCCCUCACCGUCACCAUCGCCAACGGCGACUUCCCCCCGCUGGCCAACCUGACCGCCGCCCAGGCCUGGGUCGCGUCCAACAUCGCGCCCGUCUACCCUAAGACCACAAUCGAGUACAUCCUCAUCGGGUCCGAGGUCCUCCUCUGGGGCGACGGGACCAUGUUCGGGACCCUGGUCCCAGCCAUGAACGCAGUCUACAACGCCUGCGUCCUGGCCGGGUUCCCCGACAUCAAGGUCACCACCGCCCACUCUCUCGGCAUUUUAAACAGCUCCGUCCCGCCCAGCUCGGCCAGCUUCCUGUUCGGGUGGCAACAGUACUUCUUAACCCCUAUGCUCGAAUACCACCGCAGGAGUAAAUCGCCUUUCAUGGUCAACCCGUACCCGUACUUCGCGUUGAACUCCAACGAUACCGACUUCGUUUUGUUCGAGCCCAACCCGGGGGUUUUCGACCCGGUUACGGGCAUGAACUACACUAACAUGUACGACUUGCAGUUGGACGCGGUGUACGUGUCGAUGAAGAAGUUGGGUUUUCCGGACGUGGACAUCGCGGUGGGGGAGACCGGGUGGCCGUCGGCGGGUGACCCGGGAAUGGUUCUGUGCACGGUGCAGAACGCGCAGUGGUACAACUUGAACGUGGUGAAGAGGGCCGGGUCGGGCGUCGGGACGCCGCUGAUGCCGGGCCGGAACUUCGAGACGUUUCUGUUUGCGCUGUUUAAUGAGGAUCAGAAGACGGGUGGGACAAUUGAGAAGCACUGGGGGUUGUUCUACCCCAACAUGACGGCGGUUUACGACAUCGGCAUUACGCGACAAGCUCAGCCCGGUGGCGGUGGUGCGACGCCAACACCGGUUACUCCCACAUCAGGAAAACAGUGGUGUGUGCCAAAGAAGGGAGCUACCGACACCUCGUUGCUAGCAAACAUAAACUGGGCGUGCACUUCUGGAGGAGAAGAUUGCAGUGCCAUUAAAGCCGGCGGGGCGUGCUUCAACCCUAACACCGUCUGGUCCCACGCCGCGUACAUCAUGAAUGCUUACUAUCAGGCCAAGGGUCUCCAGUUUUUCAACUGCGACUUCGCUGGCACCGGAUCUGUGACGACCUCUGACCCAAGUUAUGGUACAUGUAUAUACUCGGCUUGACACUGGAAGUAGAAACUCAUACAUGGAGACUAAAAUGGACGCACUUUUAGACAGGAAGUUGGAAAGAACAUUAGGCAUUGUUUUAUUUCUUUUGUUGCUUGAAGAAAUAGCAUUGUGACUUCUUAGGGUUAUGAGAUUACGGUACGUUCCAUGGUUCAUGGUGCUGCCAUCCUAGCUUAAUGUUAACCAAUUUUUUCUAUGCUGUUGGUGGAAAUGCUUGUCUAA